AUGAAACCUUAUCAAACUCCGAAUUCUGGUCAUUCUCGUUAAGGGAGUUUAAGAGUGUAACGACAACCUUUAGCUGUAAUUAACAAUUGUCCAGAAUUUUCUUAGUGUGCAAAUUACUUAUAAUAGAAAGUAUAGGGUUUGGAAAUGAGAGUUAAAAACCUUAAUAGUUAACAUGCAGACAGAACAGAAAAUAGAUCUACAACUGCAUAAAAAAAUGAAGCAUCAUUAUCACCUUUUAUAAGAUAGAAAAAACCAUGUAGUUCAAAUUAAAAAGUUGAUUCUCAAAGUUAUUAUGAAACAAUAAUUAAUAAACGAUUAGAAAACAUUAGUAAAAUAGAUUAGUCUCCAGUGCAUAUAAAAACUGAUAAUACUGUUGCUUAAUAAGAUAAAUAUUCGAUUCAUAGUUAAUUAUCUAAUUUAGGUCCACAUUCUGGAAAAUUGCAUUUUAACAGUAUUCAAAGAAUUUAGCUAUUAACUAAAAAACUAAGAAAGUUUAAAAUGAUAAAAGAUCAAAAUUAAGAUGAAUGCGCUCCUUCUUUAGCAAAAAUUAAAUGUUUUUGCUAAGAAUAUUAUAAUGAUUGUUUUGAUUUCUAUAGAUGCACUGAUCUUAUUGCUUUAAAAUAUUUUAUCUAUUUACUUGUUUAAGAGAUAAAUAAUCUUUAUAGUUAAGAUGCUUUUAAAAUGGCAGAUAAUUCUAUGUAAUAUCAAUAAUAAAUUGAAAUGCUUAAAGAAUAAUUAGACAAUUAGAAAAGUGAUUAAAUGACCUUUCAAAAUUAAUUAAAAUUAUAAAAAAUGGUUGUGGAUACUUAAAAAUUAAUUUAAGAUAUUAUUAAUGUUUUAUAAACAAAGCAUAAUUAAAGUACAUUGAUCAAUUAAGUUGAAGUAUUAAAUAAUUAAAUGAAAAAUAUUAAAGAGAAUAUGUCAACAAAUUCAGUUUAAAAUUAAAAUGCUACAACAUUUGGAUAAUAAUUGGCAAAAUGUGGAAUUGAUAUAAAUUAUCAUUAAAGAGCAACAAAUGAUACUUCAGUAGUGAAUUAAUCAAAUUUUAAAACUUAAACAGUAGAUGAAAGGAAUUAAACUUAAUUUAGUUCAAAAUCAAAGUCUCCUUGUAGUAGAAAUAAUCAAAAGAACAUAAAUUUUGAUUUAGAAUAAUAAGUAGAUUUGAAUAAAAAGUUAUUUGAUGAAUAAGUUGUUACGAAUAGAUAAUUGAUGGAAAAGGUUUUUAAGUUACAAAAUGAAAAAUAAUAGAUCGAUUAGAUAUUGAAACAAACAUAAGAAGAAUUGAAAUAAAGAAAUUAAGUAAUAUUAGAAUUGGAAAAUAAUUUAUAGAAAGAGAACUUAAUUCUUAAUGAAUUAAAUUAAAAUUUAGAAGAAGCAGUUUAAUUAAAUUAAGAAUUAUAAAAAGAAAAUGUUAAUAGCAAAGAAUCUAUUGAAUAAUACAAAAAAAUAGAAUAAAAAUAUUAUGAAUUGUUAUAAGAAAAUAAUAACUAAUUCUAAUAAUUAAAUUAAGUUUAAAAAGAAAAUGGAUCUUUAUAGAAAGUUUAAUAAUAAGUAGAAGUAUUUGAAUAGAUUUAUAAUAGGCUGAAUGUAAAGGUUAUUAGUAAUAAAUUUAAAAAUUAUAAGAGAGAUGUUUAGCACAAUAAAGUCAAUUAUAAGAUCAAAAUGAUGGAAAGUAUCUAUAAUAGUAAAUAAAUGAGUUAUUAUUAUAAUAAUAGGAACAGAGCAAAAUAAUUGUAAUAAAUGAAUUUAAAAACUAGAGUUUGAUUACUGAUGAAGCAUUGUAUUUAGGAUAGAUGACAAUUUAUGCUAGUGAUAUCUUAUCUAGAUAACAAACAGAUGGAAUUCCAACAACACUUGUUAUGUUAUAAAAAGACUUAAAUGGAAAGAGAAGCACAAUUUAAUAGAAGAUGAAUAUUUUAUAAUAAUUUGGAAAUAAUUUAAGAAAUCAGCAUUUGAUUACUCAUAGUGGUUCUAGUUAACUUAAUGAUAAUGUAGAUUUACUAGAAAAUCUACAAAGUUAAAAUUCUUCGAUUAGAUAGAAGAAUGUGAGUUCUUACGAAGAGACUGCUAGUACAAUUAAUAAUAAUAUUUAAUCGAAUGAUUUAAUGGUAAUGUUACUUGUUUAAUGUAACACUUUAGAGAAAAUGAUGGAACUUUGA